AUGGCAUUCUCUCCAACAAGCAACCCACUUAUAGUAUCGGUUUCCUCUUCAAUAUCCUCUCGAAAUAACCCAAAACCCAUUUCUCUCAAACUACCCAAAACCAAGCUCAUGCCCGUCUCCUCGUCAGAAUUCAGCACUCUUCUCCAAUCCUGCAUCGACUCUCGCUCUCUCACACAAGGAAAAGAGCUUCACUCCCAAAUUAAACAAGCUGGGUUUGAAAAAAACAGAGACUUGCUUCCAAAACUCAUCAAACUCUACUCUGUUUGUGGCCGAAUCGAUAAUGCUCGAGAACUGUUUGAUAGAAUUCCAAAGAGGAACUUGGAUACGUUCAUCUGGACUUCAUUGAUCAGUGGGUACACUAGAAAUGGAAACCCAAGUGGAAGUUUUGACAUUUUCUCUAAAAUGCUUGAACAUGGAGCUGAACCAGAUGGUUACACUUUUUCGGUCUUGUUGAGAGCUUCAGCUGAAUUGGGUUUUCUCAAAUUAACAGGAGACUUAUAUUCAGUGAAGAAGCUAUAUCAGUGUGUCACAGAUUUUGGAGAUAUAAUUGGGCUUGAAGCAAAUAAAGAUAAAUCUACAAUUUUCUUUGGAGGGGUUGAUGAAUCUGGUGGACUUGGAGUCUUCUAUGCUUUAGUCUGGAAUCUGGCAGCUGCUUUAAAAAACUUAUGGCAUAUUCAUGUAAACAGGGAAUUAAUGUGGAUUAAAUGGAUUCAUGGUACCUAUUUGAAGCAAAGGGAUGUUUGGCAUGUUAAAGCAAGAUCAAGGGACUCUUGGAUGUGA